AGCGCUGCUGUGGUGCUGCUGUGCUGAGUGUGUGAGGUGUGCGCGUGUGUGUAUAUAUGUGUAUGUGUGGGAGAGAGAGCGCGUGCUGUACUGUAGCUGGUGUGCGGCUGUGUGUGGAUGUGUGUGUGGGGGAACAGUGUGCUGAUCUGUACAGAGAUUUAGAGGUAUUUAUUUUUGUAUGUAGCCGCGGACUGCCCGGACCGGAGAAGGGAGCAGACGCGCAGCUCAGCGGCAGCUCGAUCAGCUUGUGGAUAAAAACAGAGCAGAAAUGUCCGUAAGCAGCCAGAAGACCACCAGCCGGGCGAUCCCGGCCACCAGGCGGGUCAUCAUCAACGAUUCGGCCCAUAUGCCCCAUGAUUACUCCACUACCCCCGGAGGAACCCUGUUCAGCACCACCCCCGGAGGAACCCGAAUCAUCUACGACAGGAAGUUCCUGCUGGACUGUCGCAGCUCCCCAUUGGCUCGCACACCCCCCUGCUGCCUCCCUGACAUUCCCGGGGUGACCAGCCCUCCUACAGCUACUGUAAAGAACGACAAGGCCCAAGAGACCCUUAAUAACAACGCCAGCCCUCCUGUGGACAAGGCUUCAGGUGAGGAUGCUCAGUUUGAAAUGGAUAUCUAACCUGGAGGAAGAUCCGUUACAGGAAGGAGAGGCGGCGGCUGAGGCGAAUAUUACUGUGAUGAUGACUGUGUCCUGAAGGAUGAGUGAAGCAGAAGAUUAGUCCAUCCUUGUCACCUGCUGCCCUCUUUCAUUAUCUACUGUUCUCUUCUAUUUAGUUUUUUUUUUUGGUCUUUAUUUUUUUCUUUCUUUACUUCUGUUCCGAUGCUGUCGUUCAAGACGCGCACAAGACAAGCCAUUAUUAACCUUGAGUGUGAGCAUCACACUGCAGCUCACACUGCUGUGCCUGAAAGUGCCACUAGCUCCGAGUCGCCAGGUCUCGUCUCCGCGGGUCUGAUUCUCCUGCUUCUUCUCAACAACAAACCUGAAGUAUUUGAUACAGAGAGCUCGUGUCACUCGCUGAGUAUUUUGUCCACUGGGGGGAGACGCAGACCAGUGUUUGGUUUGGGUUGAUCUUUACAUUUUUUUUUUUUUGGAUCCUGUUCUUGGAGGAGGCACAUACCACAACCAGAAACAAAACCAGAACCUCGUUGUUAUUAUGAUGUCUGAUUAUUAGCAGGAUUUAGCACAAUAUAAAAGAUAAAAGAACAAUUUGACCACUUUACCUACCAUUUUUCGCAGUGUUACCUUUUGUAAGAGCAGAAUCUGACUAACAGUUUGUGAUUAUUUUGGAGGGAGAAAAGAAAAAACUAAACCUGUUUUCACCUAAAGUGUCAUUCAACCGAAUGUAAAAAUGCCUUUUUUAUUAUUUUGAUGAGUAUUUUGCAGUGUAAUUCUCUUUAAACUUCAAUUGAAAAGGAAUAAUCUGCCCUGUUGUUGUUGUUAUUCCUUGUGAGACAUUGAAGCAUAUGAAAAAUCGAAUGCUGCAAACGAGCAAUUAAAAAAAAUGUCUGAA